AUGAUGCGGGAUUCGGAUGUAGUAGGAGUCGAGUCUGCUAUUGGCAAGGCUAAAAAAGAAAGGGAACAUGUUGUCUCACGUACACUUAAUCGCAAGCGCUCCUGCGUGUGCAUGCUGAGCAUUCGCACCACGUUGUGUCAAACGUGGGAAGGCUUGCACUGUGGUCAGCUGAACGAGUCUUCCGGGGGUCAGGUACCACUUAUCUGCAUUACACUAUACCAGCUGCGAAAGUACCAGCUGAUCCGGAAAGUUUGCCCAAGUCGGCAGCCAGGGGCCCACAAAGCGGCUCGUAAAGGAUUCUCUGUCGUCGAAGCAUACUCACGUAUUGCAAGUUUGGCAUCCAAGGUGGGACCGAAAACGACUAACAUGCUGCACAAAGAUUUCCGAAUUUUCCAGUCCGCAAAAGAAUUCCCACGAUUGUCCGGUCCGUUUGCGGAAGUUGAGGCAAAGAUGGAGACCGCAUCGCCUCACGAACGCAUUCCACCGCUCAUGGCUCCGGAGAAAUUCAUAUCUGGUAAAGAUUUUGACGUUUGGGAAUCGCAAGUACGACACUUUGUUCGCAGGCUUCCGUCAUCAUAUCGGGCAGAUGCAGAGAUUAGCCUGCUAACGAGGGAGGCUUACAAGUCAGUAAUGGACUUCGACCUCCUGGACGAUGUGGGCAUCCUGUUGGUGACCGUGAGGCGGAGAUUGGCGGGAUCAAAAACGGCAUUCGAAUAUUGGAAAGAGUUUUACAUGAGACAGCAACGACCCGAGGAAAGUCUGAUGGACUAUAUGGGGUCCGUGCGGCGUCUGGCUUGGUUGGCAUACCCCAUGUAUACAGUCGAGGAACACAAUUCACACAUUCUGGAUCGGUUUCUGGCUGGGCUCAGGGAACCCAGAAUCAAAGAUGAACUACAAUUAUGGCCACCGAAAGACCUUGCCGAGGCAGAGUCAACUGCCGAAAUCCUGGACCAGAACGGGCACCUGGUAGGGCAACCUCAAGGAGUUUCUGCUGCAGGGUUCAGACAGGAAGGGAGAGCACCAACCAGAGAAAAUGGCAAAAAGAAACCCCCAAUGACACCCAUAUGCUACACCUGUCAUCAAACCGGGUAUUCCUCGCGGUUUCGUGGAGAGCGAGGAGGACCGAGUAAGUCCAUAUCAACAGUUGGUAAUGCCAAUAAUUUCACUGCUGUGAGUAUGGGCGCGGGGUUACCAUUUGUUGAGGUAAAGGUGGAGGGCAAAACAGUUAACUGCUUGUUAGAUUCCGGGUCAGUCCGCAAUUUGAUAAGUAACAAGGAGACUGUUUGGAAAUCCAAGGCCAACCACUCGAAGGAAACUCCCUUGGUCGCAGUAAAUGGUUCACCCCUAACUGUACACGGAAGGGUGGAUUUGACGGUACGAGUAGGCAAACAGAAAGUUAAUCACCAAUUCACGGUUGUAGAGAACCUCCCAGUUGCCAUCGUGCUGGGGGCCGACUUUCUACGAAUGACCAAGAGUAUCAAUAAUCUGGGCACACAACGGGUCUCAAUAGGCGGUUCCUGGGUGAACUUCAAGAUGGAACAGAAAGAGAUGAGUUCGCACAUAAACGUGCAAGCACAGUCUUCAAAGGCUGCGGAGUUGGAAAACUUCGUAGCAUUCGUUUCUGAAGGAGUUCUCGGGGAUACCCAAACUCAGUUCCGGAAACUCCUGGAGCUACAUACGAGGGUCAAUAUGCAGGUUAACAAAAGUCUGCAAAUGGCCGCUAAGUGGGAAUCAAGUUUCCAGCAACAAUCAAAUACGACUACACUGGGAUAUAAAUAUGAGAUUCCCAAAGCGAACGUGACAUUCAAAGCUCAGAUUGAUUCGAAUAAGAAUAUUGUUCCAUCUUUGGAGAAGAAAUUGACACCAUUCCCUUUUACCUUUAUUCUGUGCGCUCCCGACAACCAGGCGAAAUCUAGGUACGCCUUUGGAGUCAGCAUCAUGGUUGGCUAA